CCCCUCCCCGGCCUGCUCCCCGGCCGGGGCCGAAAUCGACCUUGUGAGUCCCUCGCUGGCGAACCAGGCCACAACAGAUAGUAGGUGGGUGGUGUCCUAAGGUGCAACUCACCGCCGCGCUGGCUCAGCGUGGCGGGUGAGGAUGCACAGACGGUGGUAGUGGCGAGAGGUGUAUGUGGACCUUGUCCCCGCGGCAGCAAUGCAAAGCGGCAAACUGCACCUGGUAACCACCGUCGCGGAAAACGUGGCCCACGAAGCUGGAGGAGCAGAGAGAUUCGUAAAAACCACGCGAGUAAGCACCGUUCGCGGGAGAAGGGAGAUAACCGCGGGCGACGCGGGGGGGGAGUGCUGCACCCUCCUCGUCCAAACACCACAGGCAAGCACCGAGCCCUGCAAAGAUGGAUCGAUGCGAAGAAACUCGCCGCUCGGAUUAAACGGAAGAAA